AAGCUUAUCUGUGUUGAAAAUGGCGCUGCUGCGACAAGACUCGAUCUAAAAAUCUAACGGUACCCUGUGACAUUUUUGUAGGGGGCAAUUGACAUUUGUUUUCAAUUCAUAGUCAUGGCCAGGUUUUUCAAAGAGCAGGAUAUUGAUGAGUUCCGCGACUGUUUCCACCUGUUCGCCCGCCACGGCGGACAGAUCACCACCAUGGACGAGCUGACCGUCAUCAUGAGGUCCCUGGGCUUGUCGCCCACCAUCGCUGAACUGCAAAAAUACAUGAAAGAAAAAGGCGGUAAGAUGACGUUCGCCCAGUUCCUGGAUGUGAUGCACCAGCACACGCAGCAGGAGAAGAUCCCGAAGGAGAUAAUCGAGGCGUUCCGCGGCCACGACACGUCACGCCGGGGGAUGCUCCCGGCCCGUAACCUGCGGCACAUCCUGCUCCGCUGGGGCGAGUGUCUCAGCCCGCGGGAAGUGGACCAGAUAUUCCGGGAAGCCAACAUCCAGCCGAACGGCUUUGUCAAGUACGACGACUUUGUGAAGAUUGUCUGCGCCCCCGUGCCGGACUACUACUAGCUAGCUGUUGUCGCAGCGGCACGGCUGGACCGCUCGGCGGCCCGCACACUCAUCCCACCCCGCCCCCUGAGCCGACCAGCCCCGCCAGUCGCCGGGCGAUGACUCGGCUCCUGGUGAUCCCUCCCUCAGGCUGCUGAUACCGUUAGGUGCGGCGCUGCUCACAGACCCGUCCAUACUGGCACCAGCAUAGAGGCGUGACAAUGCUUGGUUGUGGGGACUUUCCCAGGGGAUGUUUUAUCGUGUUUUUAUUGUCCUGCAUUCAUGCACCUAUUUUGAAUACUUUUAUCGCAGAAAGAUUAAAAGGUGUUUGUUAUUAAUUUAUUGUUAUCCGACGCGUAGUCACUGUACCGAUGUAAUCUCACCAGCAUUCCACUCAUAGUAUGCCUCGGCCUGUCUUCCGCAGAGUGCCGUAGUUGUUAUUAGCAAGUGCCGGGUGCUCCUGAAUCUCACUGUCGUCUUGUACGAAAUGCGGUGUAUGAAAUUCGUCACAAAGUAUCACAAUAUAUAUUUAUAAGUAA